AUGUUAUUACCAAUUUGUAAUGUAACCGUACAAAGAGAACCAACUCCAUUUACACGUACCGUACCUCAUAGGAGUAAUAUCCAUCAUAGGAAAUUAACGCCAGUACGCACCGAACCCUAUUAUAGGAGUAAUGUCCACCAUAGAGAAUUAAUGCUAAUUAUUCGUACUGAAAUCUAUAGGAGUAAUUGGACUAGAGAUGUAAAUGAAAUGGUUGAUCUCCAAGAAGAAAAUGCCUAUUUACGGGAAAGAAUUGACGAAUUAAAUCGGCAACUCGAUAAUGCAAAUGGCGAGAAAGGAAAAAAUACAGUGCGCGAUUCUGGAGAUGAAAUGGAAAUAGAUGAAGAAAAAGCUAGGAUAUAUAAUAUCGUCUCUCAUCAUCCACAAAAUGCUUCAAAUUGGACCUAUGUGGAGCAGAAUACGCUGGCUGAUACUGACUUUUAUGAGCCAGAAACGCCGAUUCAAAUGAUGGAGAAUCUAAUAAUGGCGGAAGAUGUGAAAGUGUUAGCAAAGAUGGACAAAAUAGAGGUAAUAGAAAAUUCAGAACUAACAGGAAUAGAAGAAUCAGAACCAAUGGAAGAAUUGGAACUAAUGGGAAUGAAAGAAUCAGAACUAAUUGGAGUGGAAGAAUUGCUGAAAACGGAAGAUGAAAUAGACAAAUGGUAUAAAUUUGUACUUUAA